AUGACUAUUUCUAAGGACGACAUGUCUCAAAAGACACCUAUAGACUCGGAUCUUGAUAAGACCGAUCAGCGACCCCCUUCAUACCAUAAUGACGAGCAGCAAGUACUGCUCGAGUUGCCAAAGCUCAACCUUUGCGACACAAAGACUAAUAAUAUGGAUUCUAUCGUGCAAACAGUCACCGGUCAAACAGUCACUGGUGACCAGUGCGUUGCGCACCUCAAAUUCCUCGCUGUUUUAGCAGAUCUACGUGACUACAUUUCGAACCAAGACGGUCUAUUUGGUCUCAGUGAUUCUCAGGCAAAUAAAUUUCCUGAUGAUGUGGACCAAGCCAAGGCCCGCAUUCGUGAGAAACGCUGGGCCGUUUAUGUGGCCCGUGCAGUCGAUCGGUAUGAGAAGUGGUGGUUUGCUGCCUUGCCUAUGUCUCGGCCACAUGCGACAAUGACCGAUCAAGAGAGCGCGAACUAUGAACACAUUACAGACUGUGAGAUGAAGAUCUUGUGGGAUACGGAUAAUUUGCCUCCGAUCGAUAUUUUGAUGGUCUGGCAUUCUCAUAUGCUUAAUCCAAGGAAUUUUUUGGAGGAUUGUAUUCGCUAUGGUAGGAUGAGUACAUGGAGAACAGGGUUCCCAUUUGAAGCUGUUAACCAAUGCAUCAAUGACCGGACUCUGGAGUACGCCCCAGGUGAGGCUGGCCAACAGAAGUUCGAGAAACAGAUCAAGAUCAAAUGGGAUGCCCUGCAUGACCCCCCAUCCAAAGAUAUCGAAUGCCCUUCCUGCAAAAAGAUAUCGCCAGUGCCGUGGACCAGUGGUGAAAUAUCGUCAUCCCUCGAAGAUGCAUUCGCUGAUUAUACCGGCUUUGCUGACAAGAGUUUUGCGACCACCUGCAAGCACUGUCUCCUCAUAAUCGAUCACGGCCGACUCAAAGUUGCUAAGUUCCGAAACGAUUUGCUUGAGUUGAUUGAGCACGAUCGGCCCAUGCCAGGGACCCUGUUAAACCUAAAUGGAAUUCCAGAAAGCGCCCCAGUGAAACGACCAUAUCAUACUCACCAGAGUAUGAUGUUCCCCAGCAAGCUAAUGAGGACCUGCGGAAAUGACCUGGCAGCUUACACCGAUGCCAGAACAAACUGGUGCAAAAAUGUCGACGACCUUCGCACCCAAAUGGAACUCAAGCUCCGCGACCCAAAGGCCUUGGCAGCAACAAAACUUCGCCAUGGGACCACCGUCCAACCAGGCGAGAAGGUUCAUUUCCGACGGAUGAUGUCUCGAUACUGGGAGAACUUCAGCCCAUUCGCACUCGACCUCGUCGGCGCCGUAAUCCGCCAAGGCACAUUUGUUCAAAAGAUGGACAACAUCGACUGGCUCCACUCACCAACCGUCAUGGACACAGCCCGCCGUCUCAUCAAGAAAUACAACGUGUUCCUGGGGAUUAUGCUACGCAACCCAAGGCACAUGGCAGUUCCAACUCUAGACGUCGAUCUAGCCUGGCACACGCACCAACUCCAACCAAACAGAUACUACAAAUACACAACCAGCCUCUCAGUCGGAGCGGUCCGCCGCUUCAUCGACCACGACGACAAAGUCGAUGAAAACAAACUCUCCGAGGCCUUCGAGUGGACUAGUAAAAUGUACCGCCGCGAGACAGAUGGCGGUAUCUACAGCGAAUGCACAUGCUGGUACUGCGAAGCAACCCGAGCCCCAGAUCUCUACAGCCGCAUCUUCAAUAUUGGCUCUUCGUCCCGCGCCCGCGAUACAGCGGACUCCCUACAUAACAGAGCGGAUAUCUCCUCCGACCCGGAUAAAAACCCACAUAUCUCAGCGCAUAAUGCCGUCCGUCCCAUUCAGGGCGAUCGUGAAGCCCGCGUUGGAUAUCUGCAGCGAAUGCGGUUAAUGCGGAACUAUGAGAAGGCUGCUCGGAGAGCUGAGAAGCACGGUCGUCCGCGUUCGGACUCGAGAACUACUGCCGAUGGGUAUGGGGGUAUGUACUAUCCGGCUUAUUAUUAUGGUUAUCCCAUGAUCUUACCCUACUAUGGGCCUUACAUGUGUGAUCCUGGGAUCAGUUCGAAUUCCUAUGCUUGCAAUCCUAGCUGUAUGAGUACUGCGGCAGGUGCUACGGGGAAUUGUUGCUCGGGAACUUGUGGUGGUGGGGUUGCCGCUGGAGCUUGCGGUGGUAUUGGUAAUGGAGGAGGUUGUGCUGGGGGCGGUGCUGCUUGUGGUGGUAUUGGUGGCGGCGGCUGUGGAGGCGGCGGGGGUGGUUGCGGAGGAGGGGGAGGAGGAGGCUGUGGAGGAGGUGGUGGUGGUGGCUGA